CACCGACAGCUUUGGUUGAUUCAGCUGUUCCACUGCAUCUACUGUAUGUAACAACCCGAUCGAGCCCCGGUGAUUCUCCAGCUAUUGCCACCCGUCGUGCUAGUUCCUUCCCGACCACAAGCUGCUCGAAAUGGGUGCUCAGAUUGCAAGUGCAACGAUCGGAUCAGGGCUGGAUCAUGAAGGCACAACGCGAUCAAUUUCCCAGGCGCGUGUAAUCUACGCGUCGACGCGUGUCAAGACAGUCCAUCCAAGACUUGAACGAUCUUCCUGUCGACCGACGCGUCCCCGAGCACCAGCGGGGGGGGUUCGAAAUAACACGGCGUGUGAAUCUCGAAGAGACAGAUAAGGGCUUGGGGUUCGGCACAACUGCGGAAUUUCGGUUUAUACAGUCCCACUGUGGUAACAACGAUGCGAUCAACCCUUGCUCCCAGCAUCAACCCCGCCUAGUCGGGACUGCGAGCAGCAUUGUUCUGCGCGCCUUGAGGCUGGAGAGUGGACUUCAAGUUAGGGUCGUAGGCCAGAGAACAUUCGAUCGGAACUUCGAUGCGUGACCGUAACAGGCAACAACAACGUGACGUCGAUGGCUCGGCACGCGUCGUUCUGCAUCGUGCCCUCGGACGCAGCGGUCGGCCUGCCGCAGUCAGCGUGUUCUCAGUUCUGGAGUGGACCCGAGUGGAGUUCUCGUCAUCAUCAUCAUAAGUGCACUCCGGAUCGGGCUUAUCCUCCCGCCACCCGGAUGCGAGGCAGCGUUUUUGCUACGACAACGACGUGAUAUUCGAUCGAAAUCCGACGAGCCAGCUACGCGGUCUGAGGCCACGCGGUGCUUCGACUCUCCUCGUAAACUCUUCCUACACUUGUGGCCCCCGCAUCGUCUCGACUUACCGCAUGUCUACCGCCUCGACUUCCCGAUUAAGGCCUCCACCAGCCAGCACUGCAUACCCUACAUUUACCCCGCCGAUUCCGGACGCGGAAGACGAGCCUGACGAUGAUUGGAAAGCGUUGAAACGUGAUGAGAUUCAAGAGGAGUUCCAACCCAUGAUUCAAGAUGCUAAGGACCGGCUUGAACGAAGUAUACAAGCGCUUCCCUUCUCAAGUGGCUCGGUCGAGCACACCUCACGCAAGGAGUCCCUCAUCAAGAAAUUCGCGGACGAGUCGAAUGACAUACGGGCUCUCGCCAACGACGAGUUUCUGCAUCGCGUUGCGCGUGAGCGUGUUACCCGGCGGAUGAUACGAGGUGGACAAAUCAAUGCUACGGUUCAGGGGUCCCUACUCGAGGAGCAGGCCGCGAUCUUGGCCCAGAUUAAGAGGGAAAAUAAGCGGAGAGAGUCAACAUCUGCCGAUCGGCCGCAAGUGGUGGAUGGGCUGGAGCACGAGACCCAAGUGGAGGAUGAGCAACGGGCUACAGAAUUUUUCAGCCACGCUAACCGUCCGACACCGCCUUUCUUCAGUCCAUCGUUGAUCUCCCAGCUGUCACCGUCACCUGCAGAACUACCGCGGGCCCCUUCGCGAUCACCCACGAAUCCACGGCCUCCAGAACGAUUGCAACACAUGCCAAUCCCUUCUCUAUCCCAAUUAACGCCUGCCCGUGGGAGCAACGUCUCGGACAGGGUGCCACGUCCCUUGACUGGAACGCUUUCUGAACGCUCGCCAACGGGACCCGGCACGAACUCACUCUCUCGUUCAUCGACGAUGUCUUCUUCCCCAGCCGGUGGGGCGCAACCCAAAUCAUAUCGGGUGCCUGACCGACCGUUAUCAUCAGGACAGUCUCCGUCUCAGCCACCCGUUCCUCGUCAAACUUCUCAGGCAUGGAAUAUUGCGACAAGAGAGAUGGAUCCCCAGUUCGACACGACACGGCCUCUAAAUAUCCGACGGCAAUCGCAGAACGGCAAUCCUCAUCUCAGUCAAGACUACCCGCUCAACUCGAGCCCGACGAACACACGAUACGGCAGCUAUGGCUCGACAGGACAAGCAUUUGCUCAGAUGUAUCCGUCGACAUCGAAAGAACCAUGGUCCCCGCCUGCCAACAAGCCUUGGACGACGUCGUUCGAUAACGAAGCUUGGAGCGAGGGCGAUCGCGGGGUGACGGACGAACCCGACUAUUUUGAUCCCACUGAUUAUCAUAUCCCAUCGCCUUCAACAACGAGGAGGAGGGGCUCCUCCGUGAAUGAUCGUCCGAACGGCUUCGUCGGAUCACCCUCAACCACAUUACCAGAAAUCUGGACCCCUUCACCCGCAGCUGUGUUGGAAGAGGAGAAGCUUGCACGGCGACAAAGUUUACGGGGGAAAUCUUCGGGUUCAUCCAUCGCGUCCUCCUUCCGAAACAGCAAGCCGGUUCCUCCGCCCCCACUGGAUCCGGAACCUGUCCCUGAGGUGACCGAUAAUGAACUCGAUACUGAGGAAGACGACGUCAAGUCAGAAGCCGAGGAGGACAAUGAUGCGGACAACGAUGCGGACAAUGACGGAGCCAUGUUUUUGGAACAGAAACGGCGACGCCGUUAUCCAACGAGUGCCGGUAUGAAACAGACGAGACUACCUGUCAUGCGUAGCGCAUCGUUUGUCUCUGCACUCGGUCGUACGAAGCCACCACCGCAGGAUGUCGUCUCUACUGAUGGGGAAACCGAUUUGGAGGAACCCGGGGCACCCGCCCCGGGCCAUGGCAAACGGAGUCUCCCGUACGGCCAACCUUAUCCAUUGCCUGAUCCUGAGUUGGACUGGGAACGAGAUCGGCAUCGAACGCGUGAAGAGAAUGAGCGAAGGAAUUCCGAAAGGCAGUGGGACGGAAUGAACAAAGGUCGCAUCAGAGAAAGUAUCAAGAAGGCGCGUAAUCUCCAGCAUGACACAUCCGACGCACCGGUACCACCGUUCAGCUCAAAUUCGCAUGCGAUGCCCAUUCCCGGUCGACCUCAGCCGCCUUCGCCCGUCAAACCGCGUAAUCGCCAGUAUGACACAUUCGACGCACCUGCGCCCUCCUUCAGCUCAAACUCGCCUGCGAUGCCCAUUCCCGGUCGAGCUCGUUCGGCCUCCCCCGAGGAACUCGCCUACAGUGCUGGAGAUCUGUCCCGUUAUCUCGUCGUAUCACGCGAGCCACAUGUCGCUCCGGGGACAUCUCCUGCGGGCCCCAGUUCUUUCGGCUCUUUCGGCUCAUCUCGUGCCGAUGAAGAGGUCGAGAAGGAAAAGCAGCGAAUUUUCGAAGCGGAACAGGCAGCGAAACAGCUCGAGGCCGAGGCCCAACGGAAAGCCGACGAGGCCCAGCGGAAAGCCGACGAGUUGGCUGAGAUAGAGAAAGCAACGAAAGAGAAGGAGGCAGAACUUGCGCGAAAGACCGAGGAAACGGAGGAGAUCCUACGAGGGGUCAGAGCUAAGGAGGACGAGUUGAGAAAGCGUGAGGAGGAGGUUAGAAGGAGAGAAGAAGAAACGAAGAGAGAGGCAGAAAGAGUGAAGAAAGAGUUGGAGAAGAGGAGGAAAGAGGAGGAAGUGAGGGUGAAGAAAGAGGCUGAGAGGAGAAAGAAAGAGGAGGCUCAGAGAAAGAAAGAGGAUGCUCAGAGAAGAAAAGAAGAAGCAGAAAGGAAGGCGGCUGAGAAGAAGGCGGCUGAGCAGCGUUCCAAAGCGGAGGCUGAGCUGCGAGCCAGAGAGCAGGCCCUGCUCCUUGACAAACAAGAAACCGAGCGCAAGGCCAAAGAAGAGGCUGAGCAGCGAGCCAAGGCUGAGGCUGAGGCCCAACAACGUAAGAAGGAGGAAGAUGCCAAAGAAGAAGCUGCUCGCGAAGCACGUAGGAAGAAGCAUGAAGAGGAGGACCGUCGUCGGCUUGAAGAGCAAUCUCGCUGGGAACAAGAAGAAAAGCAGAGACGUGAAGAAUCCGAGCAACGACAGAGAGAUGAAGAGGAGAAACGUGCCCGGGAUGAAGCCGAACGACGCGAUCGAGCUGAACAGCAGCGACUGCAGAGAGAGGAAUACAAACGCUUCGAACGGGAAGAAAUCGCUCGGCAGCGCGAAGAGCAGGAGCGCAAGCUGAGGGAGAAGGAGCGAGAGAAAGAGAGACAGAAGGCUGAGGAACAGCAGGCAUUUAGACAGCGCGAGGCUGAGAUCAGGCGCAGGGCAGAGGAACGCAAACGCACCAACAGCACUGGGAUCGAUCCCAACUCGGACUGGAGCUAUCACAGCUGGGCCCGAGCCGGUGCCAGUGCGAGUCCAACCAGUCCUUCCUCGUCGAAUGCUUCUUCCUCAACUCGCAGCAGCACGUGGUCCGGCUCAUCCUGGACCAAUGCCAGUUCUAAUUCGACGCCGACGCCCAGCAAGACCAAGCCGGCUCCUGCCCCAACCUCGGCCCCCAAGACGAGCACACCUCAACCGAACGCGGAAGAAUGGGCACGUCGACAGCGCGAGCAAGCCGAUGCCCAGUUCCGUAAACUUCAAGAGCAGCUCGAACGAGAGCGACUCGCCAAGGAACAGAAGGCUGGGAAGCUGAGCAAGGAGGAGGCAGCUCGGGUAUACCAGAUGCACGAGCAGCAGUGGGCCCGAAUCAAUUCUAGCAGCGAAGUUGGUUGGGAGAUGCUUCCGUGGCCUAUGUUCAGGAGACCGAACGAGCCGGACGAUAUCACGGGCUCCGCAGUCGACGCAUAUAUCCUGUCGCCGCAUUACCCGGACCCCGAGAAGAGCACUAAGGAUAGGAUUCGGCAGCAGUUGCGCAAGUGGCACGAAGAUCACUUCAACCAGAAGGUCUUGUCCAAGGUUGGUGAGAAAGACCGCGAGGAAGUGAGAACAGGCGCAGGCACCGUCACAAGGAACUUGAACGCUUUGCUCGAGAGAACCAAUGCGAAGGAGGCCCUGUCGAUGCUCUUUGGCUAAUCUUGCAUGAACACGUAUAUAUAUGUACUCACAUGUACCACUCCUCCGCUCGUUUUCAUCACAUCAUGUACGACUCACCGCAUCAUGUACGACUAGAGAACUAUCAUCAACGGGAUUUACAUACUCACUACUCACACACACACACACUCACUAUGUAUGCUUGCCACUGGUCCCUUCAUCAGCUGUACGAGUACGAGGAUUCUAUUGUAAUUGAACGCCAGCGCUCCAUGAGCUAUGCGGUUGUCGCUGAUCGAGUAAAAAUCUCAA